GCAGCCGCGCCGUCCUUGCCCCGGCUCCGCAUCGCGUCCUUGGCCCGCCGGCGCGCCCCGCCCCGUCCCUCGCCGGCCAGCAGAAGAAGCAGCAGCAGCAGCAGCGCCGGCGGCGGCGGCAGCCCGUCGUUGCGCGCGGCGCCCCGGGCGAGGACGAGCCGAGGCGGCGGCUCUAACAGGUGGGAUCCCGCGGCGAGGGGGCGGAGGAGCCAGCGGGCGGGGGCAAAGGAGGAAGGAGCGGCCAGACCCAGCCCCAGCCGCCGACACCGACGCCGCCGCCUGCCAAGCGAGCUGGUGCCCGCGCCACGCCAGCGCCUGCUGCCUCCCCAGCUCUCCGGUGCCUUUCCAGCGCCGCUGUCCCGGCCGCCCCCGUCCGUCCCGCCUGCCCGCCCGCCGCGGCGCCGGCCUCGCCCGCCCGCCCUCGGGGCUCCUCCUUGCGCGCUCGCCUUGGCCACGCCACGCCAGGCAGGGCGCCGCGCUCGGCGCUCGCUCGCGCUCUCCGCCCGGGACAGGGGCUGCUCCGCCGCCGCCGCCGCGAUGCCGAAGCCGACCCAGCCGCCGCCGCCGCCGCCCCUCCUGCUGCGCUCGGCCAGCGGCGGCGGCGGCGGCGGCAGCCGCCCCGGGGACAGCGAGCUGGGCCGGCAGUUCCGGGACUGGUGCCUGCGCACCUACGGCGACUCGGCCAAGACCAAGACGGUGACCCGGAGCAAGUACCAGCGCAUCGCCGAGGUGCUGCAGGGGGGAGCCGGCGCGGGCGGCGGAGGCGGCGGCGGAGGAGAGAAAGGCAAGUUCCAGUUCUGGGUGCGCUCCAAGGGCUUCCGCCUGGGCAACGGCGCUCGGGAGCCGCCGGCCGCGGCGGCGAAGAUGGGUCAAGUGGUGGUCUAUGUGCCGGUGAAGACGGGAACGACUGAAAUUGCUAAUGAGGGGCAGAAAAUAAGCCCAAGAAUGAAGAAGCAGACGUUGAAGAGGCAGGCAGAUAGAGGAGGUGCAGAUGCUGGAAGCUCUAUUGCCACCUCCAAGGAUUCAGAAAAGGGGGCAGAUGGUCUGUCGGAGCCCGAGGGCAUCGCUCUCAAGCGCGUCGCUGUGGUGGAAGAUUUCUUUGACAUCAUCUACUCGAUGCAUGUGGAGAGCUCGGCGGAGCCAGGCAAAGCACCCAAACAUGCCGGGCAGAAGAAGACCUACCGGGCGAUUGCUGAAACUUACGCCUUCCUUCCAAGAGAAGCUGUGACCAGGUUCCUGAUGAGCUGCACUGAGUGCCAGAAAAGGAUGCAUUUCAAUUCCAAUGGGGUGGAGCCCAAAGGUAGGACUGAAAAUGAACCUCCUUCCUCUCUGGUCUCUGGCAUCAUUGACUACAACAUGCCUCUCACCUCCACCUACCUGAAGCAGAUGAAGCUGCGUGUCAUGAAUUCCCAGGAGCAGGAUGAGACAUCGGUGAGCAGUGAGGACUUUGAUAUGAGUGACUCCACAUGGAUGUCAGCUGACCAGCAUCUUAACUCCAGUUUGAGUCCUAGCCAGGAGGAAGGGAUGCGCAGCCCGCAGAACAUCCACAGCCAGGAGGAUGACGAUUCCUCCUCGGAGAGCUGCAGCGGGAACGGCUCCUCAACCCUGAACCCGUCCACCUCCAGCAGCACUCAGGGGGAUGCCGCUUACCCAGAGAUGAACGGGAAUGGAGCUGCCGUUCCCAUGGAUUUCAGUGCCUCCUCUGAGGACCAGCCCAUCAACCUGUGCGACAAGCUGGCACCUGCCCACGUCACCCCCUCCUACCAGUCGGACAGUUGCAGCGCCGAUGGCCUGCGGAGCCGUGCGAAAUAUGGAGCCAAAAGCACAGCCGAGUCGCCUCCGUACAGCUCUGGCAGUUACGAUUCCGUCAAGACCGAGGUCAGCGGCUGCCCUGAAGACCUGACUGUGGGCAGAGCUCCAGCCGCUGACGAUGAUGACGACGAGCACGAUGACCAUGAGGACAACGACAAGAUGAACGAUUCGGAAGGAAUGGACCCAGAGCGGCUAAAGGCCUUCAAUAUGUUUGUACGCCUUUUUGUGGAUGAGAAUCUGGACCGCAUGGUUCCCAUCUCCAAACAGCCCAAAGAGAAGAUCCAGGCCAUCAUUGAAUCCUGCAGCAGGCAGUUUCCUGAGUUCCAGGAGCGAGCUCGCAAGCGCAUCCGCACUUACCUCAAAUCCUGCCGCCGCAUGAAGAAGAAUGGCAUGGAGAUGACCAGGCCCACCCCGCCCCACCUGACCUCAGCCAUGGCCGAGAACAUCCUGGCAGCAGCUUGCGAGAGUGAGACGCGGAAAGCAGCCAAAAGAAUGCGGCUGGAGAUCUACCAAACGUCACAGGAUGAGCCGGUUGCCCUGGACAAGCAGCACUCCCGGGACUCGGCCGCCAUCACUCAUUCGUCCUACACACUGCCAGCCUCUUCUUUCUCCCAAGAUCCCGUCUAUAUCAACGGGAGCCUGAACUACAGUUACCGGAGCUACGGAAGCCUUGGAGGCAGCCUGCAACCUGCCUCCUCACUCCAGACAGGGAAUCACAGUAAUGGCCCCACCGACCUCAGCAUGAAAAGUGGGGCGCCCAGUACCCCCACCCCUGCCACCACCAACAGCACGAACAGGGGGGUGCCAGCCGCCCAGCUCAGCCCCACGGAGAUCAGUGCGGUGCGGCAGCUGAUCGCCGGCUACCGGGAGUCCGCAGCCUUCCUCCUCCGCUCUGCAGAUGAACUGGAAAACCUCAUUUUACAGCAGAACUGACUGCUGGCCUCCCUUUGGCUCCUGUGCCAGAAGACACUGUCCUUUGCUUGCAGAGGGGCUCCCUUUGAUAAUCUGCUCAGGACUGGCCAUUGCUCUGCCUACCAACCACCUCCAAGCUGGCACAGGUUCUGACUAUUUUUUAUAAGGUGGGAUCCAAAAAGAUCUGUUUCUUCUUGGAGCAGGAGCCCAGGGCCUGAGGACCUGCCUUUUGAACCUGCCUGCGCCAGUGCACUCCAACACCGACCCAAAGGAGCCGGCCUGCAGCCUGGAGAGACGUAGGACUAUUUGGGGGGGGAGGAAGACGUUGGGGUGGGGAGAGCUGGGGGGGGGAUGGAGCUACAGGCACAGUCAGAAUUUACUUUUGUAGAGCCCCCUUUCCAGCACCUGCCCCCCCCAUCCUGCCUCUUCCAUGUCUUAGAAAUUCCAUAUUUAUUGAGAAACGGGCCCUUCCUCGCCAGGAUUUCUCCUCCCCUUCUCCCUCUCUCCCCCCCACCCCCUAAUUUAUUUUUCUUUCUUUUUUGAAAAUGAAUUUUUGAGUUUGUACAGAUUUGCCACUUUUGUGUCUGUCAGAUGAGGAGGAGGUUUAAUCCUGCACAGUCACACAUUCCGUCCCGUGUUCCCGGGGGGCUGGAGGGUGAGGAUGAGGAGACCAGCCGCCCAGCCAGCUGCAGACCCUCUGCUUCUCCUCCCCCUUUUCCACCAGGCAGCCCUAUGGCAGAAGCCGCGGGGCUCAGAGGCCAGCCCUGUCCCCCAGCCACUUCCAGUUAGCAGGACUUGCUCUGGUCACUUUAAAGGAAAAGCCCCUGGGGCCCAGAAGAGAAGCAGCUGCCCAGCCUUCUUCCUCCACACUCUACCUCACUCUGCGUUGUGGGUUUUUUCCAGACUCGGGGAGAGUCCAGUCGUCAACCCUCAGGGGCAUUUGAGCCAGCAGACCAGGCCUCUUCCUCGCUGCCCUUCCUAACUUUGUUUUUUGGAGAGGGGCUUGCUCAAGGCAAGGUUGCAUUAGCUACAUGAAGGGGAAAGGGAAGGGACGAAAUGCAGCUUCCUGUUCACGUCAUUCCUGGAGGGGUUU